AUUCGGUUCCUUUCCUAAUCUUUGCUCUUUUCGACUCUAUUAUCAUCGUAUCUAAAUACCAUCAAAAGCAAGUCAGGUUUAUCUUACAUAUCGAUGUUUGUAUAUUACACACCAUUCAAUGCUAUAAUAUACACCGUCGGUGACGCCGCCUAGCGGUUUCUCGCGAAACUCGCCUACGAAAAUGCUCUCUCCCUUUAGGUGUUUCUGCCGGUUGUCACGGAGGGCGUUGUGCAUCGCUUGCCCUUGCCAGUAUUCUAAUUGUUAUGAUCACGCUGUUAAGCUGUUGAUCGAACUAACUACCAUACAUGCAGGUGAGACCGGCGGAUUCGAUUGGGGCAAAAACUAAUCAGUGUAGAUGGCUGCUGCUGGUAGCAUUGUUUAAUCUUUCAUGUCGAGUCAAGCAUAGUCCAUUAGCCAUUUGUCGUAGUAGUUUUCCUUUGUUAUAUUUCCAUUCAUCCGUACAUCUUUGGCCCCCGCAUGCCAGCUGACUGGCGACCCACCCGUUCGCAAUGGCCAAGCUAUUGACGCAGAACGAAUGGCUUGAGAUUCUCCCGAAGGUGAAGUAUGUUUUGUCGGACUGUGACGGAGUUCUCUGGAACGGUGAUCGAGCGAUCGAGGGAGCAAGGGAAUGCCUAGCAAUGCUACGUGAGCUCGGCAAAAAGAUCUGCUAUGUAACUAACAACAGUACGAAAACUCGACAAGAUGGUGUCAACCACUGUCGAAAGCUAAAUUUUGACGCUGAAGUGGACGAUGUGUACUGCACGUCGUACGCGACCGGCGCUUACCUUAAAAGUAAAGGUGUUAAAUCGAUAUAUCUCAUAGGAAGUAGCGCACUCCGGAAGGAGAUUAUGAUGCAAGGUAUCAUCUGUAACGAACUCGGACCGGAAAGCUCGGACGGACUAUGGAGUUCACUCAAAAACAUGCAGUUGGGAAAUCCGGUGGAUGCCGUUGUUGUAGGUUACGAUGCCAAUUUUUCUAUACCGAAGGUGUGCCGGGCUGCCUCGUAUCUUCUUAAUCCGCAGUGCCUAUUUGUAGCCACUAAUGAGGAUCAGUCGCUUCCUACAGAUCGAAAAGACAUUGUAAUUCCAGGAACGGGUUGCCUCGUGUCUUGUGUCCAGGUGGCUGCCGGACGUCCUCCAGUUGUUAUUGGGAAGCCCCAUUCGACCUUGGUUGAUCUGCUUCGUCACGAUCAUCCAGAUCUGACGCCAGAUAAUGCACUUUUUAUAGGCGAUCGGCUGAACACCGAUAUUGAGCUGGGUCGCCGACAAGGUUUUCGUACGCUUCUAGUGGAGACCGGCACGCAUAAACGUACCGAUAUCAACCCCGAAAAACCCCCGACAUAUUAUGUGCCGUCGCUCAACGAUCUUCUCAUUUAUAUGAAGUGAAGUCAAAAGCCGUUUUUUUACUCAGCUGUCUACUCAAUUGUACCACAUAUCGUAUGUAUACGACAUGUGGUACAAUUCCCAAAUUGGGUAAUAGAGGUCCUAAUACUAUCUACUAAUUCCGUACUGAUCUAUGUUUGCUGUAAUACUCAACAGCAGAAAACAUCAUAGAAUAAGUCUUUACAGUAAAUUUUGUUUCUAAUUGAUCCUUCCCAGUUGCCUUUUAGUUAAAUUUUUAACUAGAAGGAAACUUUUUAUUUAAUUUAUAUUAUGAUAAAUUACUGAAAUAUUUCGAGGUUUAUGUCAUAUUGUUUCAUAUGGCUAGUUUCCAGCACAAAACGAUUGCCUAACUUCACUAGGCAAACUGGUUACCACUGAGCAAUAACGAGUGCAUUAUACGAUUAAUUUAAAUCGUACCAAAUGUGAUGAUAUGGCACUCCUCUAACGGCAGACCACACAUAUCUCCUGGGAAACGUGCAGGAAACCCGUCGCUUUAUCUAACGCUGCCUUCAUCUCUGUCAUGAGUUCGCCUCAGCCUCGCUUACAUGCAACGGCGACUCUGUUUCAUAGCGGCAAUGACGGCGACUCUAAUCUACUACUUUACGACCCAACUACGUUAAUUAGAUUAUCAGGUCAACGGUUUGGCAAG